GAUAUCUGUAAUUUUGUACAAUCAGCAUAUGUCAAACUGACAGCAUAAAUGCAGCGUAUUUCUGAGAGUAGUGUUUACAACUAUCAUGUUACAAAUAGGCUUACACACGAAAGUGCGCUGAAGUAAAGCAGACCAUUUAUCGACCGAUAACAACUCAGUUCAAUAAUGCUGUACACUUGAACAACAUGGUCUUAGGAUAUGUCACUUUUUCCUGAGCUGCUAUAGAAGGACGUCUCAUAAUUCAAAAAUUAAACUGCAACAGAUAUAAUUCGAUCAACAUAUUGUUAUGAGUUAUGGCUGUUGAAACCACGAUGGACAUUUUUGGAUUAAAUACUAUAACUUGUCUUGUCUUGUUAGCUGUGUUUCUUCUGUUUUUAAGACACUACAUAACUGGACUAAAUCUACCCCCAGGGCCGCCUAGGCUGCCUAUCAUAGGAAGUAUACCGUUUAUGUUGGGAAAAGACCCGGCGAAGAUUCUUGCUGAAUGGGCUGAGAAACACGGUUACAACACUGACAUAAUUUCUGUACAGUUAAUGGGUAGAACUACUAUUGUUCUGAAUAGUUAUGAGGCAAUGAAAGAAUUACUUCACCAAGAUGUGUAUUCUGGGAGGGUAACGACCUUCAUAGGAGACAUGUUGGGCUGGACCAAGUACGGUAUCGUCAGUAGCCAAGGCGAGAAAUGGAAGCAACGUCGGCGGCUGGCCUUAUCCACCUUCAGAGAUCUUGGAAUGGGUAAGCCAUUAGUUGAAGAGAAGAUCCAAGAGGAGAUGAUUCAUUUAGAAGCAGCCAUCCAUCAGUCGCUGGGAAAAUCGUUUGAUAUAGGCCCAAAUAUCAAUAACGCUGUCUCUAAUGUAAUCUCAUCUAUCGUAUUUGGACAAAGGCACGAAUACAGCGAUGUGAUGUUCCAGAAGUUCCUGGCAGAGUGUAAUAACAUUCUUGCACGGGGUGGAGCUGAUUCAAUUACACUGAACUUUCCAUUUUUACAAUGGAUUCCCGGGGAUUUGUUUAAUGUGAAGGAAGCUGUAAAAUCAUCAUUUAAGGUAACUCAAGAUUUUGCAGGGGGACAUGUUAAAAGACAUCUCAAUGCGGCAAAUGACAACGCGAUUGAGGAAGAUGAUUUUGUUUAUCAAUACAUUUCACAAAGUAGAAAACGCGCUCCAGAUGAUGACACAGAAAAUGUUCUUAUGGCAGCUACAACGGAAUUGUUUUUGGCAGGGACUGAGACGACAACAACCACCUUGCGCUGGGCAGUGCUGUAUAUGAUUCAAUACCCCGAUAUACAAACUAGGGUUCGUGAAGAAAUCUUGGAAAAUAUUGGCGCUGAUCAAAUGCCGUGCAUGAAACAUAAGAGCAUUCUCCCGUAUACAGAGGCAACUAUUGCUGAGGUACAGCGUUUGGGUAAUGUCGCUCCGUUGUCUGUUCCACACACUUUAUUAGAGGAUACUCAACUCAGAGGAUAUCAUCUUCCAAAAGGCGCAAUGGUUAUCCCUAAUCUAUAUGCAUCGAAUAUGAACCCAAAAGAUUGGUCAAACCCUGACACUUUUGACCCAAGUAGAUUUCUCAAGGACGAAAAAUAUUUUAAGAAGGACAUGAACAUCCCGUUUGGAAUAGGCAAACGUGUGUGUUUAGGUGAAUCACUGGCAAGAAUGGAGCUCUUUAUCUUCUUCACCCGUCUUCUUCAGAAGUUCUCUUUCAAGGACGCCAGCGAGGGCAAUUGUCGUGACGUAGGGGCAGUUACUGGACUCACAAGGAUGCCCGCGCCAUACGAUAUUAUUGUUCAGUCUAACUGAAUUUUAAAUUUUUUAACACAAUGAUAAAAUUGAUAUAUUCAUAUUGAUAGUUGCAUAAUGUCUCAGUUGAGCCCAUAUAACCGCAGUUAUAAUAUACAAAGGAACAUGGGGAAUUCAGCCCAUGUUGGGCAA